CCAUGGGGCAUCAUCACCUAAUCUGAGCUGGUUAUUUCUCCCAGCCGUUUAAAUGCCAGUUUCGAUUUCUUCUCAUGAUGUGCUCUGCAUAUAUAUUAAAAGAACAAGGUGCCAUCUUUGCCAAUUAAGCUGCUCCAAAUUCUGUUCUGUUGCUUCUUGGUAAUUAUAUAAUUAUAAAAUAUAUUGUUCAACAGGCUGUCUGCAUUAUUAGAUGUGCUCAUGUACGAUUGUACAAAACAGCAGAAACAGCUUUUUUAGUCCAACUUUCCUGGAAGGGUGGGGGGGCAUGCUGGCUGGGGAAUUCUAGGAGUUGGAGUUCAUCCUUCUUCAAGAUGCCAAGUUUGAAAAAUAUUGGUUUGUCUGAGAAGGUGCACAUUUUAUUGAUUUGGUGCAGGAUACUCCGACCAAAAUUAAGAUCCGAAGCGGAAACCUUCGCUUCCAUGCAGCCCGCCGGUUCCCCCCCCCCCAAAUGGCUUACUACAGCUCCCAGCAUGGACGGGGCAAGCAAGGGAUCGCGCGCGCGCAAGGCCUUCUGGGACUCCGAGUCCUUCUCGUCUCGGCCGCCCUGCUUGCCGGGUUGGCUCUCGACGCGCCGGCGGCUCCCAAGCGGGAAGCGUGCGCAGUGCGCCUGCGCGCCAUCUCGGGUCUAAGGCUGGGGACGCGCUAGCCGAGCGCGCCUGCGCAGCGGCGACUCCGGAGGAUCUCUCGCGAGGAAGGACGCCAUUAUCGCAGCCGCCCGGCCAAACACCACGAGAAUUCGGCAAGGCAAACGAAUCAGAUUUGUAUGAACUGACGGAUCUCCUUCAGUUCAGCCCUACGCCCUGUUUCUGAAUGAUGACAGAACAGGAUUUAGCGGAUGUAGUUCAAAUAGCUGUGGAGGACUUGAACCCAGAUCAUCCAGUUGUCUUGGAAAACCAUGAAGUGACAGACGAAGACGUAGACCCCCCUUUGAAACGGCAGCGGAUAGAAAUCAAUUGUCAGGACCCGUCAAUUAAGUCCUUCCUGUAUUCCAUUAACCAGACCAUAUGCCUGCGACUGGAUAGCAUCGAAGCCAAGCUGCUGGCCCUGGAUGCAACCUGCAAGUCCCUGGAAGAGAAACUGGAUCUUGUCAUGAACAAGCAACAUAGCCCCAUUCAGGUGCCCAUGGUGGCAGGAUCCCCACUUGGGGCAACCCAGACAUGCAACAAAGUGAGAUGCAAAACUCCCGGACAGAGCCAGUACACCAUUGUGGUUAAAGUCCCAGAUGAUGAUAGCCACAACGAAGAAUGAGAGGUGGUUCUGAAGCCUAGCGAUUCGGUUUCAUCAAACAGCGGCCAGCUAGGAAAUCAAGAAUAUCGGAACAAUGUCACCCUUAUUACAUUGAAUUCUGAAGAGGAUUAUCCUAGCGGGACGUGGCUUGGGGACGAAAACAAUCCUGAGAUGCGUGUGCGCUGCCCCAUCACCCCAGCAGACAUGCUCCACAUCAGCACCAAUUGCCGGACGGCUGAGAAGAUGGCGCUGACGUUGCUUGAUUACCUAUUCCAUCGAGAAAUCCAGGCAAUCUCUAACCUUUCUGGGCAAGGGAAGCACGGGAAGAAACAACUCGAUCCUCUCAUGAUCUACGGCAUCCGUUGUCACCUUUUCUACAAGUUUGGCAUCACCGAGUCUGACUGGUACCGGAUUAAGCAGAGCAUAGACUCCAAGUGCCGGACAGCCUGGCGGCGGAAGCAGCGAGGCCAAAGCCUGGCCGUAAAAAGCUUUUCGCGACGGACACCCUCUUCUUCCUCGUACAGCGGCUCAGGUAAUUACUCCCCCCCCUUCCCAUCCAGGUGAAGCCAGCUUAGUGGCCCUCUUGUUGUAAGGCGUCUUUUUAUGUACAGGUGGUCCUCGACUUAAUAACCGUUCGUUUAGUGACCGUUCAGAGUUAAACGGCACCGAGAAAAGGGACUUAUGACCGCUUUUCACAGUUACGACCUUUGCAGCAACCCCAAAUCAUGUGAUCAGAA